UCUCCACUGUAGAGAGAGACAGAGAGAGAGAGAUAGAGAGAGAGAGAGAGAGACUCGAAGAUGGUGGUGUUGAGGUCUCCUACAAUUUCUCCUUCUCCAUAUUGCUUUAAUUUGCUGUUCACUCUUUGCCUCUUCCUGUUUGUGGGAAGGGCCACUGCUCAAGCCAAGACAGAUCCUUCUGAAGUGCAAGCACUGAAUACGAUACUCGGGAGAUGGGGGAAGGCGGCGUCGGCGGCUUGGAACAUCAGCGGCGAGCCGUGCAGUGGCGCCGCCAUCGACUCGACCGACUUCAACAACCCGAACUUCAACCCGGCCAUCAAGUGUGACUGCUCCUACAACAACAUGACUACUUGCCACAUCACCCAGCUGAGAGUUUAUGCAUUAGAUGUGGUUGGACCAAUUCCAGAGGAGCUUCAGAAUCUCACUUAUCUAUCUAACCUGGACUUGAAACAAAACUACUUGACAGGCCCUUUACCAGCAUUCAUUGGAAACUUUUCUGCAAUGCAGUACCUGUCUGUAGGAACUAAUGCUUUAUCUGGGCCUGUCCCAAAGGAGCUCGGAAAGCUUCGGAAUCUCCUAUCACUGAGUGUUAGUUCAAAUAAUUUUAGUGGCUCUAUUCCUCCAGAGCUUGGGAAUUUAACCAAUCUGCAGCAACUAUACAUUAGUAGUUCAGGCCUCAGUGGUGAACUUCCAUCGACAUUGUCUAAUCUGGAAAACUUGCAGACCCUAUGGGUUUCGGACAACAAUUUCACCGGACAAAUUCCUGAUUUUAUUGGGAGCUGGAUAGAUCUGACUGCCUUGAGAAUGCAAGGCAAUUCUUUCAAAGGUCCAAUUCCUUCAAGCCUAUCCAAUCUUAGUAAAUUGACGGACUUACGUAUAGGUGAUAUAAUGAGUGGAAGCUCUUCUUUGGACUUCAUCAGUAACAUGACAUCUUUGACCAACCUGGUACUAAGGAACUGCAAAAUAUCCGAUACUAUUCCUUCAAGCUUUGGACAGUUCAUAAACCUACUGAAAUUGGAUCUGAGCUUUAACAAUAUAACGGGUCAACUUCCUCCGCCCCUCUUCAGUUUGAGUUCGCUCAGCUACUUAUUUCUUGGAAACAAUAGUCUUUCUGGUAGCUUACCAGCUCAGAAAAGCACCUCGCUUCUCAAUAUAGAUUUAUCGUACAAUCAGCUCUCAGGAAGCUUUCCUUCUUGGGUUAGUCAACCGAAUCUAAAAUUGAACUUGGUGGCGAAUAACUUUGUGAUAGACAGCUCCAACAACAGCAGUUUACCCUCAGGUUUAAAGUGUCUUCAGCGAAAUAUACCAUGUUUUCUCGGUUCUCCUAUCUAUUCAUCCUUUGGAAUAAAUUGUGGUGGUAGUAAAGACAUUACAGCUUCUGAUGGAACCGUCUAUGAGAUCGAUGAUGCCGCUCUGUCAGCUGCAUCAUACUAUGUGACAGGGUCAAUCAAAUGGGGUGUUAGCAAUGUUGGGAGAUUUGCGGACGCCUCAAACGCUAGGUAUAUAAUCGCCAGUUUAUCGCAGUUCCAAAAUACAUUAACUUCAGAACUCUUUCAGACAGCGAGGAUGUCUCCUUCAUCAUUAAGAUACUAUGGUAUUGGGCUUCAGAAUGGAAAUUACACUGUAAAGCUCCAAUUUGCUGAAAUUGCAUUCCCCAAUCCACCAACUUGGAAAAGUGUCGGAAGAAGAGUUUUUGAUGUAUACAUUCAGGGAGAUCUCAAAGCAAAAGAUUUGGAUGUAAGAAAGGAGGCUGGUGGGACAUCAUUUAAGGCUGUUGUCAAAACAUUUGUCGCUCCAGUAACCAAUAAUUUCCUCGAAAUUCAUUUCUUUUGGGCGGGAAAAGGCACUUGCUGCAUUCCUACACAAGGCUACUACGGCCCAUUCAUCUCAGCUCUCAGUGUUUCUCCUUACGACUUCACUCCAAAUGUAACGAACGAACUACCAAGUACGGGCUCGAAGAGUAAAACAGGUUUGGUUGUAGGACUUGUAGUUGGAAUCGCAGUCUUAGGUUUGUUGGUGAUCGUUGGCAUUUUUGUUUUGUGGCGAAGGAAACGAAGGCCAGGCAUGGAUGAUGAUGAAUUUUUGAGUUUUGUUGGAAAACCUGACAUCUUCAGUUAUGCUGAGUUACGGUCUGCUACAGAAGACUUCAGUCCUGAAAAUAUUCUUGGAGAAGGGGGAUUUGGGGCUGUUUAUAUGUUGGUAACCGGACGGCCAAAUUCAGAUUCGAGCCUUGAGGAGGAGAAGGUUUAUCUUCUUGACUGGGCAUGGCAUUUAUAUGAGAACAAGCACGCGUUGGAAAUGGUGGACCCAAGACUAACAUCAUUUAACGAGGAAGAGGCGGCUCGUGUUAUCGGAGUUGCUCUUCUAUGCACACAGGCGUCGCCUCUGCAACGGCCACCGAUGUCGACGGUUGUUGCCAUGCUGGCGGGGAAUGUCGAGGUGAGCAAGGUGACUACGAAGCCGAGCUACUUAACCGAGUUUCAGUUCAAGGACGCAAGCAGAAGCUACUUCUCCGAGAGCUCCUCCGGACCGUCAGCGCAGCAACCGUCAAGCAACCAAGUUAGUGCACCAUCGGGCUUGAGAACGGGAGCUUAUACAACGGUCGAAACGCCGUUGCCUUCGCAAUCGCUGAUGAGCUCAAUUAUCAGUGAGGGAAGGUGA